AUGAUGCAACCAAUACCUGUACCAGCGCAGUAUCUGUAUCAACCGGUAGUGGAUGAAAAUAAACCAGAUAUGCCAGUGCAAAAAAGCAAACUGAUACCAAUUCAAGCGGGAAAUGUCCCAUAUGUUAAUGAGCAAUAUAAUGAAGGCAUGCUUGCAGCUCAAAUGAGCGAUGCAGUCAAGGAUCUUCAUUACAACCAGUGUUAUGCACCCGAAAAUGUUAUAUUUUUAUUUCAUUUUUCAAACUUUAAUCAUUUUAAUAUAAUUGGAAUUUAAUA